AUGGAGCCACAGGGUGAUAUCGUCAAUAUUAAUCCAGAUGUCAAUCCAGUGGCGAAUCCGUCUUUCAGUGGUGUCUCAUCUCAAACGGAAAUUAAGGUAGAGAAGGUUCAACACACAUGGACAGUAAAAAAUUUUUCACAUUGCUAUCAGGAAUAUUUGGAAAAUUUUGUAUACUUGCAAAGAGGAGAAGAACAACUAACGUGGUCAAUAAAAAUCUACCCAAAAGGGAAUGGCGAGAACAACAAAGAUUUUGUGUUUUUAUGCUUGAAUCGAGUCGUUCAUAAUACUGGAAAAGCGAGCAAAAUUGGUUUCAAAUCGCAGUUCAAGUUGCGAACUGCCGAAAAUAAGGAUAUUGAGAUGCGGAUCCACCCGAAUCCAUCACAUUCUGACUAUGUGUCAUAUAUCAAACGAGAUGUUCUUUUCCCGCAAAUUCUGCCUCGCGAUAUGAUUAUUGUGAAUGUCGAGAUCGACGUCGCCGUUGAGACAAUUACAACGACAAACGAGCCGAUCGUUUUUGAUACUCCGGACAGUGGUCAAACGCUUGCACAGGAUUAUCAGCGGCUGUUCAAUGAGGACGUGCUCACUGACUUCACGAUUCGAGUCGGAGGACGCGAAAUUCGGGCGCACAAAGCGAUCUUAGCUGCUCGGUCACCUGUAUUUGGAGCAAUGCUUACACAUACCGAUACGAAUGAAGCAAAAACGUCAGUUCUUGAAAUCAAUGACAUGGAAUACGAUGUUGCUCACGAAAUGAUUUAUUAUAUUUAUUGCGGAAAAUGUCAAAAAGAUAUCUCGGAUAUUGCGACAGAUCUCCUAAUUGCUGCCGAUAAGUAUCGUUUAGAAGAAUUAAAGACUCACUGCGAGAAAUUCUUGGUUGAGAAUCUAACAAUUGAAAAUGCGUGUACACUUUUAAUACUCGGCGAUUUGUACAUGGCAUCAAGACUGCGGCAACGAGCUGUUCAGUAUAUUCUACAGCGUCCGAAAAGUGUAACAAAUACCCCGGGAUGGGGGGAUAUUAUCAAACAGCAUCCAGAUUUAAUUACCGACAUUUUUAAUCAAUUUGACAAAACGUCGACGGCGGGUGUCACUUCGUCAGUAACAACCCUUACUGGUGGUCCGGCAAUCGAGAUUCCCGGCGUUCCCGGAAGCGGCGUCGUUGUUCAGCCACCAAGCGGCCUCUAA